ACGCAAUCAGUCACUUGCCAAAGGUACACCCAGAAGCACAUUUCAAUUCAAAAUAUUCCGUACGAAGUUACAUGGGUGUUUUUAGAAUUAGUUGAACAGCAUUAUGAUUGUGAAAGAACAAUUCUCUGAACAUUUUUCAAUACAAAUAUUGAAACAAAUGUGAAUACUAGUCUCAGUGCAUUGAGCAAUUAAUUUUGUAUAAGAUAAAAAAUAGGUCCAUUGAGAUUUUCAAUGUGAUCAAUGUGAUGUUCUCAACAACUAUUGCAUAAUAAAUCUGUGAAAGAAUAGGAAGUAGUAACAAUAAAUUGAAAUUCCGUGACAAUUUUAAUAUUCUAUUUUGAUUGUGGAAAUGUUAGCAAAUAACAUAAGUGCAAAAUAUAGACAUUCUUCCUGAAAUAGCUCUUAUAAAUAUCUUUGAUGUGAUUGAUGAAAUUUUUUUAUUUAAAGAUUAUAAGUGCGAUAUGAUGUUUUAAAAAUACAAUAGACAUCUUGAUAAGAAACCGCGCCACCCACAAAUUUGAGUGUACAAAAAAGUACUUUAGAUUAAGAAUUAUCUCGUGCAAAUUUGUUGCCAGACGUUUUUUUUUUUGUCAAUGUAUUAUGUAGCACCUUGAAAGUUGACAUCUAAUCCCCAUUAGAUUAAAAAUUGAGCACCAAUAGUAAUCCUGCGUGUGCUUCAGGUAUUACUGUAUGGUAAUUUAGAUAAAAUACUCUGGUGAUACAUUCCACUUCAACCUGACCACCCAAAUGACCAAUUGAAGACUACUCGUACUCAAGUUCGGUAGAAGAGUGCAAGCAAGAUGGAUCAGUGGCUAAAGGUAUCCCUAAUGUUGUGCACAUUUGGCUUCUUCCGUGAAUACCGACCAUCAGAGCCAUUUGUAUUUGAAUUUAUGUCGGGACCAUGGAGGAAUAUUUCAGCAGAGGUCAUAAAUCGCGAGAUUUAUCCCAUGGGAACGUACUUCUAUCUGGGAUUGCUCGUUGUGGUUUUCCUAAUUACGGAUAUGCUGAGGUAUAAACCAAUCAUUGUUCUAUCAGCAAUUUCGGGAAUUUGCCUCUGGGCCAUACUUUUGUGGACUAUAACCCUGCAGUGGCUAUAUGUGACACAAUUCUUCUAUGGAUUUUUCAUGGCUGCGGAAGUGGCAUAUUAUACCUACAUAUAUGCCAAAGUAGAGCGUCGCCGGUAUCAACAGGUUACCGGACAUACACGUUCUGCAAUUUUAACAGGUCGAUUUCUCGCAGGGACUACCGCACAGCUUCUAGUCUCCUUUGAACUCAUGGAUUUCCGAGACUUAAACUACAUCUCCUUUGGAAGUCAAAUUGUCUCUCUCGGCAUAUCAAUUAUUCUUCCAUCGGUGGGUGUUAGUAUGUACUUCUAUUCGAGAAAAAGUCCCAUUGAAGGUGUUGAAGUGGUCUCAAAUAGUCCACAGUUGAAACACGAAGAUGUCCCGGAAAAUCAUUCUUACACAAAUCACGCAGUUGAUCUAUCCCCAGAAGAUAAUAAGCAAUCCAAUAUGGUUGUACGGAGACGCUUUGAAGAAUUGGAUGCUGAUGCUUUAAAAUCUAAGGCUGAAUCGGAUGUACCAACAAAUGGAAGAACAUUACAAGACGUCUCUACUGCUGAUUCAUCACCCAUUAAGGAUGUUGAUGAGAAAGUUCAUUUCUCAUGUCAGAGAGCAACUGUUCUUCUCUGGAAGCACUUUGUGGCCGGCUACAGCAAUCGAACUGUCUUCCAGUGGAGUCUAUGGUGGGCUCUUGCCAUGUGCGGCUUCCUCCAGGUACAGACCUACAUACAGCCACUCUGGCAGCAGAUCGAUGAGAGAGAUACCUUCUGGAAUGGGGCUGUUGAAGCAGUUCUGACACUCUUUGGAGCACUCAGUGCCCUCCUGGCGGGCUCCCUGAAUGCUCGUCUCAUUGAGAAGUGGGACCUCUGGAUCCUUACCAUAUGUUCUGCCAUCGAAGGUGCUUUAAUUCUUGUUGCAGCCUUCACGCAAUACGUAAUUGUGGCAUAUGUGAUGUACAUCCUGUUUGGAACGCUAUAUCACUUUAUGAUUACAAUUGCAAGUGCUACCGUCGCAAAAUACCUGGCUGAAGAUAGUUUUGCUCUUAUUUUCGGCAUUAACACCAUGUUUGCCCUACUCUUUCAAACAAUUAUGACAAUAGUUGUUAUUUCCGACGUGGGAUUUGCCCUGGAUCCCCGAGGCCAAUUUCAAGUCUUCGGAUGGUACUUUGUGUGCUUGGCAGCUAUAUUUGGAGUAACUGGACUAGUGAAGAUUAUAAAUAGAAAAUGUCGAGGAGGAACUUUUCAAUUAUCAACACAAUGAAAUUUAGUGAUACUUCCUUUUCUACUUUAACCUCUGAAGCCAAAUAAAUAGAUCAACCACACAA